CUUACAAUAAUAAUAAUAAUUUUGCCACGAUUCUUGACAAUUUUAUGCUCAAAAUAUAUUUCUUCCUUGAAAUUAAUUAUUGAGUUGACCAAGAACAGACAGGAUGAUGGACGGAGCAGAUCUUUACAGUGCAAACAGCACGAUGUCAGUUGGUGAUAAAGUAGAGUUGAUAGCUGAUCAAAAAACUGACAAAGAGUCGUUUCCCCUUCAUGCAGCCAAAAACCUGCUCAAGCCCAGUAAAUUUGUUCCUGCUGAUCAUUCCUAUAGUUUUAAAGUGAUAGUAAUAUCAGGGAUAGUGUUUGCUAUAGCUAUUACAGUAGCUUUGAUCCUGUCUAUAUACCUGGGACCACCACAGGUUGGUGCUAAUGGAGCUGUUGCUACAGAUGUUCCAUAUUGUUCUGAUAUUGGUCUGGCUAUUCUACAGAAAGGUGGGAAUGCUGUUGAUGCUACUGUAGGGGCCUGUCUAUGUCUUGGUGUUAUUAAUUCACACAGCUCUGGAUUAGGGGGUGGUGGUUUUAUGGUUGUUCAUGAUCACAAAGUACAGAAAUCAUGGGGUUAUGAUUUUCGUGAAGUAGCGCCACGUACAGCUACUGCAAAAAUGUUUGAGGGUAAAGAGGAUCUGAUCUAUGACAGUGGUUUAUCCAUAGGAGUACCAGGUGAAUUGAAAGGUUUAGAAGCUGCUCACAAUGCACAUGGCAAAUUAAAAUGGCGAGAUGUUGUCCAACCAGUGGCUGAUAUGGCUAGAACAGGUUUCAAUAUAACUAAAGAUCAAGCCAAAGUGUUAAAAAAUCGACUCAAGCCAAGUGAAUUAAAGGGCAAGUUUAAGGAAGUGUUUGCUCCAGGUGGUGAGAUACUACAGGCUGGUGAUUUUAUACGACGCCCAGAUUUAGCAGAUACAUUGGACUUAAUUGCAGAACAAGGAUCUGAUGCACUUUAUUUAGGACAAAUAGCUGAUACCAUAAUACAAGCUGUUGAAGAUGCUGGUGGUAUUUUAAGUAUCGAAGAUUUACAACAAUAUAAAGUUAUAGAACGUGAUAUAAUACAAACAGAAUUUAACGGAGGUUUUAUUGGUACCAUGCCAUCCCCAUCAAGUGGACCAGUUUUAUUAUUGAUAAUGAAUCUACUAGAAGGUUUUAACUGGACUUCUGCAUCAGUCAAGGAUCCUAAAACAUAUCAUCAAAUGAUUGAGGCUUUUAAAUUUGGUUAUGCUCAUCAUAGUGAUUUGGGUGACCCGAAGUUUAACCCUACAACAAUGGAGGAUAAUAUAUUACAGAUGAUCAGUAAAGAAUAUGGUAAUACUAUACGUGGUAAAAUAGAUAACCAAAGUCACCCUGCGGAAUAUUAUGGCGCCAAGUUUGAACCUGUUAAAAAUGGUGGUACUACACAUCUGUCUGUUGUUGAUGCCGAGGAGUUGGUCGUAUCUUUAACAACGACGAUUAAUACCUGGUUUGGUACAAAGAUAAUGACUUCCUCAGGUAUUAUAUUAAAUAAUGAGAUGACUGAUUUUAGUAUACCAACAGCACCAUCAAUGUUUAAUCUACCUCCUAAUCCACAUAAUUUAAUAGAACCAGGAAAACGUCCUGUAUCAUCUAUGACACCAACUAUAGUGUUUAAUAAGAAAGAACCAUGUUCUAAACGUAUGGUGUUGGGUGCUUCUAAUGGUACGAAAAUAAUCUCAGGUGUAGCAGAAGUUAUAGCGAAUGUGAUGUUAUUUAAUUUAAAUUUAACGUAUGCUAUAGAUAAACCAAGAUUACAUAAUCAGCUGUAUCCUGAUAUUACUGAAUACGAAGCUGGAUUACCAGAGAAUGUGUAUAAAUAUUUACAAGAGAGAGGUCAGAGAAUGCAAGAAGUUACAGAAGGUAUCAAUACUGUUCAAGCUGUCAUGAAAACAAACGACCAAUUAUUUGCUCAUUCGGAUAUCAGAAAAGGAGGGAAAGCUGCAAUAUAUACUCCAAAAUCUCGAUAAUUUUAGUCUGUUUAUAUUUAUACUAUUGUUGAAGAUAUUUAUAUAUUGGGCUUACUUUUGUCUGUGUGUUUUCCAGUGGAGACACUACACAAACUACAUAGAUCAUUUUGGGACUAACAUAUGGUUCAAUUUUCUUUCAAUGAUAUGCUUGGACAUAGGGGGUCUUUAUAUGUGAGCGGAAACUGGAUGACCCAGAGAAAAUCAUGAGGUUGGACUGGUUACCCUAUUUCUUGUCAAGUGCAAGUGUGAGCUUGAAACCAUGCCAUUUAUUCAAUGACAGACCUUAUGAUCUAAAGUGCCUAUGUUACACGAUUCAGCCACCCAUUAGAGAGAACAUUGAUGGAAGAUUGGCUUUAUUAUAAUUAGAGAAUGUUGUAGUGUCUUCAUCAAUUUCUCUGUGUAAGAAUAAUGCAAAGACACAAGUUAAGCCAUCUACUUCAUUCCUCGAGAAUAGAUCUCUGCCCUAAAUGGCCGGCAUUUCCAAAAUUUAGUAUACUGUCUUGUAAUGUAUUUCUACUCCAUUUCACAUCUGUCAUACACACAAAGAUUAAAUAAACUUUUUUCAAUUUUAUUAAGAUGGAAGGAGAAUAAAUACUCAACAAAAUUCUCAAAGUAUACUUAGUGUUUUUCACUAAAAUCGUUGAUUUAGGAUUUAAAAUGUCGAUCAACUAUCUUAGUGUCUGUUCUCAACUGUAGACAGACAGUCUAAGUUUAGUAUGCAGUUAAGCCUAAUAUAUAGAAUAUGUUGUUAUAUAUUGUAAUUUAUUAACACUAUUUAAAUGUAUAUAUAGUAAAUGGGUUUGUUUUUUUGUUAAUAUAAAUUUGAUGUUAAAAUCAUGUAAAUAAUACGUUAUAACUCAUUUGUAAUAGCUGGUCUACACAGUUAGAAAAUUUUUAUAGAGGUUAGGGAUGUGAACUGGCCUGAAAAUGUUUAUAGAAAAUUGCAUAGGUUUUGUUUUAGAUUUCAUAAAUAAAUAUCCUAAUAGUAUUUGAUGAUAAGGGGGCCCAACAAUUUAACAGAAAACUUCAAGGGUUAGUGUUAGGAUUUCUAAAUAAAUAUCCCAAAACUUCUUAUGCUUGUUUUAAAAGUAAUAAUAGCUGAUCUACAUAAUUAGAACAAUGCAAGUAAAAAAUGUUACAAACUUUGAUUAUAAAUAUGCAGUGGCAGUCUUAUGGGUGAUAUGCAACUUAAGGCUGCCCAAAAAUUCAAAAUAAGAUUCACAGGGAUAGGGUUAGGAUUCCUAAUUAAAUAUUCUAAGACCUCUUAUGAUUGUUUAUUUGAUAAUAGUAAAGCAAUAAGUUAAGACUGUUGGUUGUCUGUAACAGGUGCCCUUGUUUAGUUAAAUUAAAAUGACUAGUGGUCAAUAACAAUUUGACAUGUGUCAUGGCUUGUAAUUAGAGCAUAGAGCCCGAAUUAUAAUGUUACAAAUUUUGGUUACCAAAUAUAGAAAUGAUACAAAUAUCAAAAUGUUAUAGAAUUUUGACAGAAACAUAAAAAAAAAUUUUACAGAUAUAAAACAGGUAAUAUAUUGUGAGUAAAAAUACAGCUUUAUUUCAGCUUUCUCAAAUUUAUGAAAUUUUUAUAAUGCAACUUUUAUCAAUCAAUCAUAUUUCCAGAUCAUGAUAUUAUUUUAGCUGAUCCAACAUUAUUGACCUGAUCAUUAGAAGCUAGAAAUUAACAUGAUUUAUUGUCCCUAAAUGGUUUGGCAUUGAUGAACUUUUUUUACAAAUGCUAUUUUACUCUUUAGAUUCUCAAAAUUAUUUAAAGUACCCAUAUUAUCAUCUACCUCUUGAACUGGUUGUUUUAUUUCAAUGUUGAGACAUCCCUAACUAGUUAUAGAAUUUGUACUAUUACUUAUCUCAUAUAAAAUAAAUAGGGAUCUUAUGACUGAUGCGUAAGUAAUCUCAUUGCUGAAAAAACUAGAAUCAAGUUAGUAAUCACAUGACGUGCCAGUGAAUAAGUGAGUAAUCCAAAGACUGUCUAGUGAGUUAUAUCAUGAGUGACAAGGUAGUAAUUCCAAGAUUGCCUAGUGAGUAAUCUCAUAACUGACCAGCUAGUAAUUCCAACACUGUCUAAUUAGUAAUGUCAUGGGUGACCAGCUAGUAAUUCCAACACUGCCUAGUUAGUAAUGUCAUGGGUGACCAGCUAGUAAUUCCAACACUGCCUAGUUAGUAAUGUCAUGGGUGACCAGCUAGUAAUUCCAACACUGCCUAGUUAGUAAUCUCAUGACUGUAAAAGUAGUAAUCUCAUGACUACCAAAGUAGUAAUCCCAUGACAGGCACGCUAGUAAUCUCAUGACUGGCACACCAGUACUCUCAUGACUGGCACACUAGUAAUCUCAUGACUGGCAAGUCAGUGAUCUCAAGACUGUCCACACAGUAAUCUCAUAUCUAACUGGCUAGUAAACUCAUGUUUAACUUGCCAGUUAUAUAAUUUCUAAUGCUCAGCUGUGUAGUAAUUGAAUGAUUAAUCUCUUAAUCAAAAUAGAUUAAAGUAUAUAUUAGGGUAGUUUAUAUUAGUUCAUAUCUUACACAAUGGUAGUGAUAUCAGUGUCACAAUAAGCUACAAAAUAAUAAUAAUCCUCUAUUUACAUGUAUAUAGCUCAAUAAUACUUAAACAUACAUUAUGCAAGAGCUAAAUCUGUCUAUUGCAGGUCUUUCUUUAGGCCCUAAAUGUUAUCUAAAUUAUUAAUUAGACAUUAAUUAACUGAUCCAGGCCAUAAUCUACUCUCGCUGGCAUCGGUGUUCUGCGAUAUUAAAUAGAUUAGAACAGUUCAGCCAUAUUUUGAUUUAAGCUGAAAAUGGAGGAGCAAGACUUAGCUUCGAACAACCAAUAUGGUUAUUGCACAUGUCUUGUCAAACCUUCAAAGGCUAAUAUCUUCGCUCGCAAUAGAGUAAUUUGAAUGAAAUUUUCAAAUUAUUCAUUUUACAUUAUCUAUUAUAGCAAGAAUGGCUAGCUCUUUAUUUAAAUCUUACAUAAUGUAUCUUUAACCAGAAGUAUAUAUUGAAUUUUUCAAGUUUUCUCUAAUGAACUAUGGAAAUCGCCUCUGUAAACAGUGAAGUUUUUACCUGAGCUUUAAAAGCAUUUAAGGAGUCAAUGGUUCUAAUGUUGUGACAACCUGUUUAUGGAUAUAUAUAUGAUUUAUCUUGACAUGUAUUAAUUUAUCAAGCUGUCAAAUUAUUGAAAUGUUUUUAUAUGUUGUGUUUUAGAUCAUCUAUAUUAUACAUGAAUGGAUUUAAUGUGUAUAGGCAUAUGCAUGAAAUUAAUAGUAGUUCUUAUGGGCCAUAAAAUGUGAAGUGUUUAAUAUCUGCUCCAACAGGGCUAAUGAAGACAGGCAUAUGUCAUACAGUGUGCUAUAAGGGAAAUUUUGCCUGGGCAGCGGUACCAUGGCCUACUCUUAUAUCAAAUUCCAACUAUCAAGGGAUCUUUUAUGUGCUUGUCAAUGUAUACACCGAACCAAGUUUUUUUGGGGGGGUUUUGUCCUGUACCAUUGACAAGGAAGGAACCAUGCCCUAAAAUCAUGAUGAACUUUCUCGGCAACCUCCAGGUUAGCAAGGCAAUGUUUUAUACACUGAGCCACCGCGGCUCCCAUUGUGAGCCAUAAAUCAUCUUGGUGCAGAAACUCCAUUUCAAUUCAUUUUAUUCCAGGGAACCACAGGUUGCUAAGUGAGUAAGACGUUGGCUCGGUAGCCUAUAGGUCGCUUGUUCGAUCCCAGCGUUGGCAGAGAAAAUUCAUCAGGUUUUUCUGGCGGGGUUCCCCCUUGUUAGUGGUGCAGGCCGCAAGGCCGGACAAGGACAGUUUCUAGUUGUUUGGAUGGGACGAAAAACGAAUGUCCCAUGUACACAUUGGCGUGCACGCAAAACAUCCCUUGGCAGUUGGAAUUCAAUAUAAUAGUAUAUGCUGUAGCGGCACUGUCUGGUCAAAAUUACCCUCAUAGAACACAGCACCGCGUAUGCCCGUCUUCAUUAUCGCAGUCAGAGCAGAACGGUAGGACGUUAAAGCCCAUUUCAUUUCAUUUCAAUCCAUUUUAUUCCAUGAACCAUCAACUGAAUGUAAUGGCAAUUUAUCCAUCUAUUUAUGCUUUCACUGUUCGAUGAAGUAAUUUUUGUUGUUUUUGUGGAAAGUGGUUGUGGAUGUGCACUUAGCAUUUGAAAUCGGUUACCAGUAAAAUAUUAGAGAAUCUCAAUUAUACAAUCUUUAAGUCACAACUAAAAACUGAUUUGUUUGAACUCUAUUAUCCAGAUUAGAAACGGAUUUGUUUAGAUUGUUUAUGUGUAUUUUUAUUGACGAGAGAUUCCUGAAAUGUUGCGCUUUAAGCAUUCGUAUAUGGAUGGAUUAUUAAUAUAAUUAUUAUUAUUAAAUUGAAUACCAAUUUACGUAAUUAAGAUGCAUUAUGUAAGAGUCCCGAAAUGACCUAGUCUGUGUCGAGUGGAGGUUAAAACCCAUUUCUCUCUCUCUCUCUCUCUCUCUCUCUCUCUCAUAUGCCAAGCCUACAAUCAACUCUGUCUGACAUUGGAUGGACAAGAUUUCUAAGGUGAAUCUUGUCAAAAUUUCAAACACUUCCCUCAGAAUAAAGUAAUUUGAAUAACAUUUGUAAUAAUAUAUUCAUUUUGCAUUAUCUAUAUUUGAACUAUUAUACCAAGAAUGACCAGCUCUAAUUCUUAUGGGGGGUUGGAUGGCCGAAUGGUUAGCACGUGCGCGCUGUAUCAUAAAGCCUGUCAUUGAGUCAACUGGCGUGGUUUCGAAUCCCCGGUUGUACGUGACAAGGAGUAGGGUCGCCUGUCCAACCUCAUGGGUUUUCUCCGGGUCCUCCGGUUUCCUCCCACUGCUAAAGACCCCUACGUGCAAGCGAAUUCGAAUUAUUGAAAUAAAAUUAAACCAUAUGUUAGUCCCGAAAUGACCUAGUCUGUGUCGAGUGGACGUUAAACCCCAUUUCUGUCUCUCUCUCUCUAAUUCUUACAUAAUGCAUCUUUAAUAAGGCAACAGUUCAAUAUUUCACAAUAGAUCUAUGUGAUUAAAAAAUAUAUCUAUUUUACGUUCUAUUCUCACUGGUUGAUGAAGUAAUUCCUUAUAAAUAUUUUGUAUUAUUUUGUUGUUUUUUUGUGGAAAAUGGUUGUGUUACAUUAUCUGUGAUGAUUGUAGCAAGAGAUUUGUUUUUAUUGUUAAUAUAUUAUUUGAUUUUUCUUAGAUGAAUUAUAUUUAUUAUAUAUUGUAAGCAAGAUUGAUGGUAUUCUUUUAUAUAUAUUAAUUUUUACAUUAAAACAUGCACAAAAAACUGAUAUCUGGUAAUAAUAUAUUCGAUAUUGGUCACUUGUUUGUGUAACACUUUCUUACAGAUAACAGAAUAUCAGCAAAAUGUAUAAAACAUUUAUUGAGAACAUGAAAUAGACAUAAAUCGGAAGAAGCUCUAUUCCAAGUCUGACUUGCUGUCAGUAAACGUCUGCUUAUAAAGCCUCUAACAAUUAGCUGAGGUGGACAAGAGUGAUAAUCAUAUAUGGUAUUGUUUAUUAUCAAUUAUGGUGUUUGUAAUUAAACUGCAUAUUUCUUUGAAAGUCAUUGUCAGGUCAAGGUAUAAUGAACUGACCACUAAUACAUUCUCUUUGAAGUUCAGUCUAGUGUUACACGCGGAUCAUGUGUAGCUUGUUAAAGAACAUCUUGAAUAAACUAGAUGUUUAUUAAUAGUCCAGUCAAUCUGGGGUUAGACCCAAAACAAAUUGCAACAGAAUUAAUUUCACUGGGAUGCAUUUCAGUAUAGUCCCCUAAACAACAUCCCAAAAAUGUUCCAAAAUAUUUUUGGUGGAAAUGGGUCAAAUUGCGUA